AUGUUCAGACCUACAAUCAAAAGUAUACCUAACCUUAGUAUACUGGGGAGAAGAUUAGCAUCUGGUAGAGCACCAGGUCAAGCUACAUCAGAUUCAACAUUAAAAAGAAGACCAUUAAAAAAAAUUAAAUUAGGUAAAGCAAGACCUGCAAUUUAUUAUCAAUUUAAUUGUAAAACUGAAUUAAGUGAUGGUAGUGUUAUUAUAAGAAGAUCCCAAUAUCCAAAAGAUGAAUUAAGAUUGAUUCAAGAUCAAAGAAAUCAUCCUUUAUGGAAUCCAAAUAGAGUAGAUUUAGAAGUUAUUGAUCCAAAUGCAGGUGGUAGAAUAGCUAGAUUUAAACAAAAAUUCUCACAAUUUGAUAUUGAAGAAAAUAUUAAACAAGAUUUACAACAAGAAGGUCAAGAAGAAUCUAAUGAAGAAGCAUUAAAAUCUGAAAAAGAAGAAGAAGAUCUUGAUAAUUUAAUGAUGGAUGAAUAUUUAGAAUUAUUAGGUCAAAAUGUUCAAGAAGUUCAAAAAGGUGGUAAAGUUCAAACUAAGGCUAGUAGAAGAAGAAAAUAG